AGAAUGGCGUCCAAGUGGGAUGGUGUGGAAGUCAAGGCACAAAGUUCCAACCACACCCUGAAUAAAAGCCCACGCACACUCUGAAUCCCGGAGCUGAGCUCCUCCUCUUCCUCCUCCCACCGGCGCUCCGUACCACCCACCCACCGCACACCCACCCACCUCUGACCUCGCCGGGGACGGCCGGAGGAGGAGCCGGAGCCGAUCGAUGGGGCACGGGCUCAGCUGCAGCCGCGACGGCGACGAGCACGACUUCUUCCGCGCCGCGCAGGCCGGCGACCUCGACGCGCUCGACGGCCUCCUCGCCGCCGACCCGGCGCUCGCCCGCCGCGCCACGCUCUACGACCGCCUCACCGCGCUCCACGUCGCCGCCGCCAACGGCUGCCUCCCGGCCGUCGACAUGCUCCUCGCCCGCGGCGUCCGCCCCGACGUUGUCGACCGCCGCAAGCGCACCCCGCUCAUGCUCGCCGCCACCCACGGCCACAUCGACUGCGCCCUCGCCCUCCUCCGCGCCGGCGCCAAUAUUCUGAUGUUCGACUCGGUGAACGCGCGGACGUGCCUGCACCACGCGGCGUACUACGGCCACGCCGACUGCCUGCGGGCCAUCCUCGCCGCGGCGCGCACCACGCCGGUGGCCGACUCGUGGGGCUUCGUGCGAUUCGUCAACGUCCGGGACGAGCACGGCGCCACGCCGCUGCACGUGGCCGCCAGGCAGGGCCGGCCGGAGUGCGUGCACCUGCUGCUCGAGAGCGGCGCCAUCGUCUCCGCCCCCACGGGAUCCUACGGCUUCCCGGGGAGCACGGCGCUUCACCUGGCGGCGCGCGGCGGCAGCCUGGAGUGCGUCCGGGAGCUGCUGGCGUGGGGUGCCGACCGCGUGCACCGGGACUCAGCGGGCCGGAUCGCGUACUCGGUGGCGACGAAGCGCGGCCACGGCGCGUGCGCUGCGCUGCUGAACCCGUCGGCGGCGGAGCCCAUGGUCUGGCCAUCGCCGCUCAAGUUCAUCGGCGAGCUGGGGGCGGACGCGAGGGCGCUCCUUGAGGCGGCUCUGGCCGAGGCGAACCGGGAGCGGGAGAAGAAGAUCCUCAAGGGCACCAAUUACACGGACGCCUCGCCGGCGCUCUCCGACGCCGGUGGCGACGACGACGCCGACGACGUGGACGACCAGGAGGACGAGGAGGUGUGCAGCAUCUGCUUCGAGCAGGCGUGCAGCAUCGAGGUGGAGGACUGCGGGCACCGGAUGUGCGCCGCCUGCACGCUGGCGCUCUGCUGCCACAGCAAGCCCAACCCGGCCACGCUCACGCUGCAGCCGCCGGCGUGCCCCUUCUGCCGCAGCUGCAUCUCCCGGCUCGUCGUGGCCGACUCCAAGGCCAAGGCCGUGGCGGUCGUGUGCGCCGGCGACGAGGCCGAGGAGAAGCAGCCGGCGUCGCCGCGGCUGAGCCGGAGGCGGUCGCGGAGGUCCCGCGAGGGGAGCAGCAGCUUCAAGGGCCUCUCGUCGGCCAUGGGGUCGCUGUCCAGCAAGAUCGGCCGCGGCUCCGGCCGGCUCGCCGGUGACAGCGACGGCGUGUUACUCGACAAGCUGGAACACCACCUCCCGUGACCCGUGACGGAACAGCAGGAAAACAGAGCAGAGCCACGCCAUUAUUCAUUUUUGAACAAGUUAUACCAGAUGAUCGAUCAGCAAGAAGAUGAUCCAUGGAAUCAGAUCAAGGUUACAUCACAUCACACUUAUACAUAUCAUUACUGGAAGUAAGGUAAUUUAUACUUGCAGAUUAGGAGAUUGAAUUUGUACUAGUAGUAAUUCUUGGCCUAUUGGUUUUCAUUUUUCUUUUUUUCGUUUGGUCGUUCCAUUCAUGUUGUUAUAGAGUCCACAGGGCAAACUGAAAUGUGCCAAGUGGUUUGUUGACCAUGAUGAAUGCAUCAUGCGCAACUGUGCUAUGUAUGUGUAUGUCAUGUGUGUAGAGAGAGCAAAGUCAUUUGUAACAAACGAUCCAUCAUCUGGUAUGUUGAUGAGAGAGAUGUGAGA